AUGAAGUGCCAGAUGAACCAGCAGACAGGGGUCUAUGAAUGUGUGAUCUCCGAAGAUGAGUCAGCCCAAACCUCUCCAAACGUGUUUGAGUGGGGUCUCCAUGGUAAUGUGGCUGGCCUGGAGAGCCUGGUGAGGACACACCCAGAGCACCUGGUCACCUGCGACCCCAGCGGCGCCACGCCGCUGCACUAUGCCGCAGCCGGGGGGAGCCAGAGAGCCAUCGGGGUCAUCGCCAAGGCAAUCGCCCCAGAGGACCUGAACGCACGGGAUGAGCAGGGUAACACCCCGCUGCACUGGGCGGUGGAGAAGAAGCAGGCGGAGAGCUGUUCGGCCCUGCUGGACCUGGGGGCCGACCCCAACGUCCUGAACCACGCCUGCAUGGCCCCCCUCCACCUGGCCAUCAGCCUGCAGCACAACGCCCUGGUGGAGCUUUUGCUGGGUCACAGCAAAACGGACGCGAACCUGGAGGGCGACCUGGGAAACACACCCGUGAUGCUGGCGUGCUCCAUCGACAACCACGAGGCGCUUUGCAUUCUGCUGGACCACGGUGCCAAGAUGUGUCACCAGAACCGGCUCGGCCACUUUGCAAUCCACGCCGCCGCCUUCGCCGGCGCCAAAAAAUCCAUGGAGGUGAUUCUCAAAAAAGGUGAAGAGAUUGGUCACCCCGUUGAGCAGCACAUGAACUGUCUCGAUAAGUCGUUCUGCAGUCCGCUUCACCUGGCCGUCCGAGGAGGGAAUAUAGAGGUGAUUAGGCUUUGCAUUGAGAACGGCGCAAAAAUCGACCAACAGCAGUGCGACAAAUCCACGGCUCUGCACUUCGCCUGCACGCAAGGCGCCACGGAGGCCAUCAAGCUCAUGCUGUCGUCUUACAGCCGCCCGGAGGACGUCAUCAACAUCACGGACGGUGCGCACCAAACCCCGCUGCACCGGGCAACAAUAUUUGAUCAUGUUGAGCUGGCAGAGUACCUCAUUUUAAAGGGUGCGGAUAUUGACUGCGUGGACUGCAAAGGUCACUCCCCCCUCCUGCUGGCCACCAGCUGCGGAGCCUGGAAGACCGUGGAGAUGCUGGUGUCACGCGGAGCCAAUCUGAAAAUAAAAGACAAGUUUGGCUGCAACUUCCUGCAUAUUGCCGUUCUCCAACCGAAAGGGCUGAAAAAUCUCCCGGAGGAAGUACUGCAGAAUGUGAAGGACCUGCUGAGCGAUGAGGAUGACGAGGGCUGCACCCCGCUUCACUACGCCUGCAAACUGGGGAUCCCCGAAUCGGUCAAGAACAUUCUGGGCCUCCAGGUGUCUCUGGGACACAAGUCCAAACAGAAGAAGUCCGCUCUCCACUUCACAGCGGAAUAUGGGCGUAUUAACACAUGCCACAGGCUGCUGGAGACCAUAACGGACGCCCGUCUCCUUAACGAGGGAGACGAGAGGGGCCUGACCCCCCUGCACCUGGCCUCCCGGGGCGGGCACACCAAGGUAGUACAACUGCUGCUCAGGAAGGGGGCGCUGUUUCACAGUGACUAUAAAGGCUGGACCUGUUUGCAUCAUGCGGCGUCGCAAGGGUUCACUCGCACCAUGAGCAUCCUCCUGAGCUCCAACAUCAACCUGCUGGACAAAGCUGACGAGGACGGGAACACAGCACUGCACCUGGCUGCCAAGGAGGGCCACACCUCAGCGGUGAGAAUGCUGCUGGACAGGGGAGCGAAGAUCACCCUCAACAAGAACGACGCCUCCUUCUUCCACGAAGCAGUGCAUCAUGGGAGAAAGGACACGGCCAACACCAUCAUCAAGAGUGAAAGGUGCACAGAGGCAUUUAAAGUGAGUUCAGCGAAACGUUGCAUCGUUCGGGACCUUAUAGAGUUUCUUCCGGAGUCGUGCAAGUGUCUUUUGGACACCUGUGUGAAGGAAUCGGACGAUGACGUCAACAGCUAUGACUACUGUGUUCACUACAAUUUUCGCUGCCUGCAAGCUCCCAUACAGGCGGGUGGUCACGAUAAGCAAGACAAAGGACACCGGACGAAGCCCCUUGUGGCUCUCAAUGCCAUGGUUCAUUUCGACCGCAUCGAGCUUCUGACCCACCCGUUGUGCAAGAAAUACUUGCAGAUGAAAUGGAGUGCUUACGGUGUCAAAGCCCAUGUGCUGAACCUGGCUGUCUACUCCCUGGGCCUGUUACCCCUGUCCUUCCUUAUAGUGAAGAUGAGGCCGACGAUCAGCAUGACCGGGAACGGAACAUCCAUCAACAUGGUGUCUACCUCACUGGACCAGCAAAGCUACUUUCUCACCAGUUGUAUGUUCCUGGUCGUCGCCAUGAACCUGUACGCCAUCGGUAAGGAGGUGGUGCAGAUCAUGCAGCAGGGUUCGAACUACUUCCGAGACGCCUCCAACGGGCUGGACUGGGUCACGGCUGUCAUGUCCCUGCUGUUCGUGGUCCCUUUGCUGAUGGACAUCAGGAGCACGCUACACUGGCAGGCUGGAGCCUGGGCUAUCCUGGCAUCCUGGAUGAACUUCCUCCUCUACCUCCAACGGUUCGAGCAUUUCGGGAUCUAUGUGGUGAUGGUGCGGGAGAUCAUGAGGACCCUGCUCAGCAUCAUUAUCCUCUUCUUCUUCCUCAUGCUGGCCUUCGCCCUGUCCUUCUACGCUCUGCUGAUUGGCCAGAGGCAUUUCGGAGGACUGGAUCUGUCGGUGAUGCAGACCUUUGUCAUGAUGGUGGGCGAGAUAAACUACCAGGAGAACUUCCUGACCCCCUAUCUGAAAGGCACUCUCCCAUUCCCCUUCGUCACCUACGUGGUCUUCAUCUGGUUCGUCCUCCUCAUUCCGAUCCUCCUCAUGAACCUGCUGAUCGGUUUAGCAGUCGGAGACAUCGCAGAGGUACAGAGGAACGCAGCCCUGAAGAGAAUCGCAAUGCAAAUCGACCUCCACACAAAUCUUGAGGAGCGUCUGCCCUACUGGAUCAUGAGACGGGUGGACCAGGACGAGAUCACCGAAUACCCCAACCGAGCCUGCAAAGCUAAGUUGUGCAGCUUGGUAUCAGCCGAAGCCAGGACAGCGGUGCACACUCGCCUAAACACCGCCACCCACCAGUCAACACCACUGGAACAGGAGAUGAACAAGCAGAAGUACAGGUUAAAGGAAAUGUCCAGCAUGUUGGAGAAGCAGCACCAGCUGCUGAAGCUGAUCAUUCAGAAGAUGGAGAUAUACUCUGAAGCUGAGGACCCCGACGGCCCCCAGAUUGCCCCGGGUCCCAAGGUCCUCUCCCAGAGGAGCAAGUGGAUUCCCUUACUCAAAGCCGUGAGGACCAUGAAGUGA